GCGUGGAUUGACGAGUUCUCCCGUUCACCAAUCGCCGAUCUGUCUCUUGGAAAACGCGUAGGCGCGUUCAUGGACCCUACGUUCACUCGCUGGAUGGACCAUAUCCCAUGCAUGAUCAAGGCCAACCUCCCCGUUUAUGUCCGUUGGGGAGCACCUUCAUCUGCGGCGUGGGAGGCCAUGGCCACUCAAUACUCCUUCUUGCAAGAUUACUGGCCU